ACUCAACAAGAAGUGGUGGGGACUUCUCACUUAGUUUCACCUUAUUUACAUGGUCAUAAUAUAGCUAGUGAAGCAGCUGCAUUGGUAUUUAGCUUCAAGGCAGCUAACCGUGACCCGCUGAAGUCUCUAGAGCAGCUGUCAGGAAAGAUCUCGCCAGCUAAUUUAGAUACACAAAGAAAAGCCUUGUCACUGGGAAAACUGUCAUGCCCAUUGCCACAAUGGACAAAUCAGGGCCAAAUGCUGAUGUGGAGAUGACUGUUGUGAGUGAUGAUGACACUGACAAGGGUCAUCAUGUUCAUUUUUCUGAAGACACGGAUGAAUUAGGUAACACAGCUAUAACCAUUAAAGAAAAAGCAGUAGGCUCUGAUUAUGAAGCUCAUGUUGGCUUCCUGCAGCUUUCCCAUCGGUAUCAGAUUUCUGUCAUUUUACCACUGAAUGAUGCCAGUGAUGGAUACGAAAUAGGAGACUUUCGCAGCGUUUAUUGCCAUGCUGAAAGCCUACAGGAAAUCAAAACUGGUGGACUUGAGGUAACAUUUCAAUUGUUAGCUCAUAAAGAAAAGUUGAUGCGGGAGAAGAUAAUCUUACAGAGGCCCACAGGGGGUGAACUCAAGCUUACUAUUCUUGCUCGAGUUUUAGGUAAAGGAAAAGGAACACCAAUGUUACGUGACUGCAUAAAGUGCAUCAGUGUUGAGCAUGAUGAUGAGUCGGAAGCCUCUGACUGGCAAGGCUUCACCUAGGUGUUCAAGUACUGCACACAACUUUGCUCAGAUUCUCCCAUAAUUUUGCUGAGAAUUCAUCCCAUAAUUGUGCCAAGUAUUCUCCUCUUAUUGUUAUUUUUAAGGUCUGUAUUUUGUAUUAUGUUCCAGUAGAAGUACUAUGUAAUUGUAUCCUCAUCUAUAAUAUGUUGGUUGCAUAUUAGCUGCAACUGUAUAGAAUAAAUUAUUGUCUUUUAGACAUUUCCUAAUCUGUUAUAUAAAACUUAUUUUCCCAUUCCCAAUCAAGUGGUUAUGUAAUUUCAACUCAGCAGUCUCUUAUGGUUAUACAUUACUUACCUUAAUUCAUUAUUAUGAGUUAGUUGCUCAGUGAUAUUUUGAAAUAAUUUUGAUGAAUUAUCUUGGAAUUCUUGGUAAGAAACUAUAGUACAAAGACAAUCUAACAUUUGCCGAGAGUUAGGUUCCUAAAAGUUCAUGAAGAUUAAAAAAUCUGAGACCACCAUUAGAUUCUGUCUGAGUGGAGACAGGACACACAUUGCAGGACAAGCCUUCAUUGGGAAAAAUGUUAAUCUUAAUACUUGUAAUAAAGAAUGACAAGACAGAAAUUAGGUAGGGGUGUAGGAGAUCCAGUGAGCACAUGUUCAGUGAAAUCCUAUAGUUGGUUUUCAGUUUAGAGGUCAUGUACCAGUCCAAAAUAAAAUGGGCACUAUAGAAAAACUACAAGUAAUGAAAGCAGGGAACCCUUGAGCAAAAAGGUUGAAUAAUAAAAGCAUGUGAAUUUAAAUGGUCUUGAAUUCCAUGGCUUGAUUGUAUGAUGUUUCAUAAUGCAGCUCCCAUGCAUUUAGGACAAAGAAUAAAUUCAUGGAAAAAUUGUACUCUUGGUAAAAAUUAAAGCAGUACAGAGAGGUAAUGCAUAUAAUAAAGCUGAGGAUAGUUGAAGUACAGUAUGUAUGUACCAUACAUCAUAUUGAAAAUAAUUUAAUUUAAUUGCUUAUAUCUCUGCAACCAAUAUGCAUAUUAUUUUAAUGCAUAAAAUAAUAGCAAUAUUAUUUUCACAAAUAAAUACUCUUGUUUAUAAUCUGUUUACAGUUUAGCUAAGCAGUCUGUCACAGCUUACAUGCGGAGCUAGGAUUACCCAUGAGGUUUGUGCAGUGAUUAAUACUUUGGUAGUGCAUAAACAAAAUAGAGGAUAAAAUAGUUGAACACUAUUAAUAGGGCAUCUUCCAGGUCAGGAGCUUUGAACAGCAGCAAUGCCAUUAAGUUAGAAAUCAUAUUUUGUGUUAAAAGAGCUUAGACCUGUUAAUUUUUAUAUAAAAGGAUGACUUCCUUUUAAAACUGAGUUGUCAUUACAUAGUUUGCUAGGGAGAAGUGAAGCAUUUCACCUUCACUAUAAAAGUCUAAUCCAUAUAGUAGAAUUUGCAUGAGUUAUAUACAGUAUACACAAUAUAUUUGUGUUGUUUUAAGUACUGUACUACUUUUCCAGCCUAUUCUUGCACCAUGUGUGAAAAAUGUUCCAAUUUAAAAGUUUCCUGGCAUUCUUCAACCAUCUUGUUGCCUAAUGUAUUUUGGCCAUUUUUUAAUUAUACUUAUUGUAGAUAAUAUGCACCUAUAUAGAUUUUAGUGAAGUAACUUAACCCAGACUAACCUUACCUAAAAUAAAGAAAAUGGUGUAUGAAAAUUUGCAAGAAGCGUUAGGAAACUGAUGUUGGGCACCAUGUUAGGAAACUGAUGUAGGGUAAGUUGAGAGUAAGUUGCUACGUAUAUAGCAAGUUAAGUAUUUACUGUAAUGUUUUUACUAGGAGUCAUCACGCAAGCCAGUGUCUUGUAUUCUUUAUACAGAUACUAUUUCAAUUAAGUAAACCCUUGAUAUAAUGGAAUAAUAGGGAGGGGCAAGUGGAUGGUAAUGGCUAUUGUAGUAGGUAGAAAAAGAUUGUUCAUUGUGAUAGUAACAAUAACAGACAAUUCUGUAGCCAUUGGACUUUGUCCGUUGUUUCUGAGUCGAUUGACCCAGCAAAUUUUGCUAUGUAUUUCCAAAGUCCAUGGAGGUUCAUUAUAUCGUGGGUUUAUUUUAAUAAGCACAAUGUGUGAGAUUGCUUGGAUAUAUGGAGUUGUUGUGGAUUGCUAAGUGAGGGUUUAGGAGGGAAGGUUUUUGACUAGAGCAUGGCAGUUCAUUAUAGUAGAUUCCUUCAACAUUCCCAUGGGGUCUUUGUCUAUAGCUAAACUAAUUGAAUACAGUAACUGUGAUGCAGUUGUAUUGAGCUAAAGUAAAAGUCCAGUUGUUUUUUGGAAGUAGUCUGUUGACUAAUUUUAAGCAGAAAUUUAUUAAAUUAUCAAUAUUGAUGUAACAUAUUUUUAUAUAAAAAAGAAGCAUACACAUUAAGGUUAUACUAAUGAAUCUGGUAUCCAGAUAGUAUAUAUAAUCUAUCAAGAAUGAGUACAUUAGUCUGUUGUUGAAUCUAAUCUAACAGUAAGAUAAUUAUUCAAGAACUAAUACAUUAGUUUGAUGUUAACCCUAACCUAAGAGAAUUUCGUGUUGAACCUAACCUAACAACUUAAUCAAGGAUUAGUACAUUAGUCUAAUGUUGAAUGUAAAUACAUAGAAUAACUCAGGUCUCUUCAUGACACCACUCACACUCUUUGUGGACACUUGUCAUAUUGAUAUUUUUAUGACAUAAGUGUACCAUUUAAUCUCAGCCAUAAAUCAAAUAUUUUUUGCCCAGUGAUGUAUAAUAAUGGCAGUGAUGUACAAUAAUGUCAGGAGAAAAGCUGUAAUUAAUUUUGGAAUGCUGGACAGUACUAUACUGUAGAAUAUGUAUUAGUUUUGCAGUCUUUUAUACAGCAUACCAGUUCACCGUAUUUGGAAUAUAUCUUCACACUAUUGUAUAUUUAUCUCAUUUUCAUUAAAAAUAUAUACAGUAAUUCAUGAAAAUAUGAUAGGUUAUCUCCUCAAUUUUAAUGGUUUAUAAUGUUUGAAAACUUUAAAUAAAAAGUACUCUGUAAGAAUGAUGAGAAAUGCCAGUAGCACACUGCAGUUGGAUACAUUAUAUACAUAAUGUAUAAAAGAUUGAGAGAGACGUGCUGAUCACAUUUUUGGACUACAAGUUCAUAUUUAACAUUUUCUGAUUUUUGGAGUAAUUUCUGUGAUUUGUGUUUUGCUGGUAAAAUGCCUAAGAGAAAAGCACAGCUUAUGGUAAACCUCAGUGCAUGGGAAUCUACAAUUGGCUUUUGCAAAAUUAUUUUGUUUCAGAUUCGAUAUCUAAAUAUCAUUUUGCUCUGGUGGAUAUUGACAUUAAUAAGAAUGACCAGAACAGAAAGAUUUAGACUUGGUGAAACCAACGAGGACAUUUUAAAUGAAAUCUUAUGGUAGUUUUCAAUUUAAUGGUCACACCCACAAAAAUGGGUGCAUUUGGAAAAAUGAGAAUCAAAUUUAUUCAUGGAUUACCCACCCAUAAAAAAGUUGGAUGAAAAAAUUCCUUUAAUUGUGAGCCCCUGUGAGUUUGUGGGGUUGACUGCACUCUGUGCCCUUUUCUUAUAACUGGAUUGAGCUAUGGUUGAGAAUAUGUGGUAGUACUUUCAUCACCUUAUUUGAUUCUUCAUUUGCUUGUAAUUUUUUCCUUAUUCGUGCAUUAAUUAAAGUACUACAGUGGUACCUCGAGUUAUGAACUUAAUUCGUUCCAGAAGGCUGUUCGAGUGCUGAUACCAAACGAAUUUGUUCCCAUAAGGAAUAAUGUAAAUUAGAUUAGUCCAUUUCAGACCCCCAAAAAUACACUUACAAAAAUACACUUACAUAAUUGUUCGGGUUGGGAGCUGUUCAAAACUCGAGGUAUCACUGUACUGUAUAUCUGUUUAAUAUAAUGACAAACUAUUGAUGUUUUUCUGUGUAAUGGUUUAUAAUAGUAUAGAGUUAUUGAUGUUGUGUCACAAUAUAGAGAAGUGGUUCCCAAACUGGUGUACACAUUCCCAGGGAUGCACAAGGUCUUCUGAGGAUGUACGAGAAAAAUCAUGUAAUGGUGGACUGUAUAUUUUAAGGAUUUCAAUGAGCACAUUUAUCUAGUGGUGGGAUAAAACUUAGGCUCAUUAUGGAAUUAUCAUCACAACUGACUAAUGAACAAAAUGAAUACAAUUGAUUGAAACUCAGUGUACCUCUGAUCUUUGCUGGUUUGGAAUCUGAUAAGCACAGUGCAGUAACUGUUAGUGAUUCUGGGGAUUAUCUUCUCAAGGUCUCAAACCAGGCCUCCUAGGUUGGAAAGGAAAUAUUAUAGGAUUAAGAAGUAGGGUAUUAAAAACACACAGGAAAGUAAAGGUAUGUGUACAGUACAUGUAUAGUAAAUGUAAGUAGAAGUUUGUAAGAUUUACCUGUCAUCUUACAUGUUUAUGAGACAGGAUGAAAAGAUCAGCAAUCCUGCCAAGGUGUACAUCAUUUAACAGGUUUCCAUUUCACAUACAUUUAACAAGCUGAUUUUACCUGCCUGGAUGGAUGCUCUCUUCCAACCUACUACCUAUGAUUAAGUGAAAAUGUGACCUGUUUCUCCUUUAGUUUUCAUCUCCCACCAAGAUAGGGUAACCCAAAAUAAGAAACACAUUCACCAUCACUCAUUCAAUAACUGUCUUGCCAAAAGUGUUAAUUGUUACUGUCAUGUAUUAAUGUAAAUAUGUAUAUUAUUAUCUUAUAUUUUCAAAUGUGAUAUUUGCUACAGAGGAGGCUAGCAUUGCCAUCAGUGCUAGUAUUAAAGAGGGCCAAAGAGAUGCACAGGAACAGUGAAAAGGGGAAACAAAAUGAAUUGGUAUCAUUUGACCUGAGGUUUACAUAGAUUGGUGAUACCAAAAGUAAGUCCACAGGUUCUAGCUAAGAGCUGUCUGAAGCCCUCUUAUUUACAUUGCCACCUACAAACUAGAUAUAAAAAUAUAUAUAAGACAUGCCAGUGGAUUGUUUCAAAUGUAAUUUGGAAUGGUUAAGAAAACUAACCUACUUUACAGAAUUUUUUUCAGCUUUGAAUGAACUGAAUUUAAGUCUACAGGAUGUUACUCCUACAGUGUUCAACACAAGAUAUGGGUGAAGCAUUGAUAAAAAAUUAUAUUCUAUAUUUAUCAUAUGCUUUCCAACUCUAGAAGAAUUUAUUGAAACAAAUUAAAUUGUCAUGGAUGAGCAUGUAAAAGGCCUCAAAACUGAACACCUCAAGCACCUGAGUCAUCAUCUAUGGAGGAACUUUUUACCUUGAAACCUAUCUCAAACCUCAAUAUGCAGUCCAUUUCAAGUGUCUUCCCUUCCCCUACCUCUAAUUUCAUGAGCAGGAGCAACUAAUGGAGUUACUGUCUGAUGGGGGACUGCAAAUACAGUUCAAACAAAAAUCACUUUUUGAUUUUUGGACACAAGACAUGGAUAUUUAGAUUUAUCUAAGCUAGCCUUGAAAAUAUUGAAGCACUUUGUCAUGACAUAUCUAUACUAGGCCAGUUUUGCACCUCUCACAGCAUUGAAGAAGAAAAAAUAUCACCAAUGGAUGGAUGCUGAAAAAAAUAUACGAGUGAAACUCCUUACUUGCUCCCAACUUUGCUGUUCUGUGUACUGAAAUGCAGGACCAUCCAUUGCAUUGAUAGGUAAGUUUUUAUUGUUAUUGCUAUCCAAAAGAUGUCAUAAAAUUGUUUGUGUGAAAUAUGCACAAUUAUCCUUCAGUACAGCUAAAGGUGAGGGAGAGUGCAAGGACUUGGUCAUUGUUUGGAAAAGGUACACUGAUACAGAGAAUUAACUUUAUCAACCCAAUUUGCAUUGAUAUGCAUUUGCUAUAUGGUUUUAAAUGCUGUAUCAAUUUUAUCAUUUUUUUUUUAAUAUUAAAUGCUGCAGUAGGCUGUCAUUAUACACAGAGGUUGCAACACCUUACAUGUGGCAGUUUGUGUAAUAUUCAAUUUAAUAUUUAGACAUUACCCCCUAUAAUAAAGAAUUAAGUAUCAAUACUGUACAGGGAUAAAAGUCAGUUGCCUUCAUCAGCAUUGUAACUAUUGCCACUAUGCAUCUACAUGUUUCAUAGCACUGUACAGUACUUUACAUACUGCUAUUUGCUCUUACCUCUUAAAAUUCACCAAAUAACAUUGCAGUGUGUAAUGUCAGAUUGCCAGCUAUGUCCUCAUUUUUUUCCAUGCAUUCCAAGAAAAAAAUUAACAUUUGCCCAAAGAAAACAGCUCUUUAAAUAAAUUUCCAUCACUUUAUUUUUGUACAGUGCUUUGUUUACUUUGGUAAUUGAGCUUUGGAAGUUGUUGUUAGGUUUAUUGACUAUACUGUACAGUGCUCAACAGUCAUUAAGUAUGCAGAUUAUGUACACUGAUAUAUAUACACCCAGGGCCCCUGGGCAACAGGCAGUUGCCCAGGGGUUCCCACAUUUUAGGGGCCCCUUACAAAAAAAGUAGCCUAUACUACUAGGAAAAUUAUAAUUUAUAAUGGAUAAUUAAAAAUGUACCAUAAUAGCAUCAGUCUUCUGAUGUUUAAAUAGCGUGAUUGAAACAAAUUACUUGAUUCUCAAAUGUGUAUGGAUGAUAGUAAGGAAAUUAUGGUAUGAUGGGCCAAUUUACAAAUCUAAGGUUCUUUAAUGAUCAAGUAUUACCAUCUGUUAAAAUAACCUUUUCAAGACCUUGAACACUAAGUAGUACCACAUACCUACACUGUGUGAGCCAUGCUCAACUUUUGUGUUCAAACUAGGAAAUUCUGUAGCUACAAAAUAAAUAGUAAUAUUAAUGUAGUAGGAUUAGCAACAAUAAUGAUAACAAUAAUAAUAAUAAUAAUAAUAAUAAUAAUAAUAAAUAUAGCAAUAACAGUCAUAAUAAUAAUAAUAAUACUUUAAUAAUCACAAGAGUGAUUGGGGGUUUCCCCCACAAACUGCCCAGGGGCCCCUACGUGAGUAAAUCUAGUUCUGUAUACACCUCUCAGUAUAUACAUACAGUACUUUAACCUCUAAUGUAGGGAGAAAAGCAAACUCGAUAUAAACACCCAGAAAUACACUUUUUAGUGUAUACAUUCUCAAGCAUUAGGAGAGGUAGCCAGGAAUGGAAGCUCAUCACAUAUGUAUUUGUACCAAUUUACAACUUGCUGGCACAAGUGACUUAUGAAAUCUUUUUUUGGGUUUGGACAAAUCUAAAUAUUUUUAAUGAAAUACAGGUACUGUACAGUGAAAUCCCACUUGUCCAAGGUACCUGGUGAACCUGAAGUUCUUCCUGCUUUGAUGCUGAUAGACUUUGAUCUGAGGAAUUGGUGCUGCUUUGCCCUUUCUUGGAUCAAACCUGAUUGUCUCCUAUUUCCAGAUGUUGUAUGAUCCCAGUGGGUUUAAUGCUUCCCCAUGAAUAUAAUAAUAAUAGUAAUGCAAUGAUUGCUUGUUUAUCCAGAUAAAGUAUCAUUUAUUUAGCAGAAGAACUUUCCUUAUGCCAAACUCAUUUGCCUUUGCAGUCACACACAUAGGCAUACAAAAUCAAACAAAUAAAAAUAAAAUUACAAUAUUAUUCUUCAUUGUCUAUAAAUUAGACACAUGUGCAACUCUUGGGUAUCUUUACUGAGGAAACGUUUUGCCACACAGUGGCUUCAUCAGUCCAUACAAAGGAGAAUGGUGAAGAACAGGAGUUUGAGGUAAUCAGUCCCUCAGCCUUGAGUUGAUGUGGUCAAUCCAUCAAUCUUGAAAAGAAUACAGCAUAUCUGUGGAGAAGUAGCUUAUAUACCAUAGGCAGGAGAGGUGCAGCAGUCAUAGGUGGUAUCACCUACGGUUUGCCACACAGUGGCAAAUGUUUCCUCAAUAAAGAUACCCAAGAGUUGCACAUGUCUAAUUCAUCAGCGUGUCAGUUCUUUGAACCAUUCAUUGACAAUUGUCUAUAAAAAUGAAAGCAAUGCAAUAUAUUUUUUUCUGGAAAAGAUGCUCGGUCCAUGUUUCUUAUUUUUCAAAUGUAUUCCAUACGGUCAAGGAGGUUAUCCUUAAGGAGGUCAAUAACAGUAGGAAAGUGACUGAUAUUGAUCAUUACUUCAUUACAGCCUAAUAUAUAUAGAAUAACUUGUCAAUCAUGGCUCAGCAUUUGCAAGGCAAAGUUUUGCUUUUACUGUACUAGACAGUAUAUUUUAGUUUAUUAAGCUACUAGUAUAAGCAUUUUUCUUAAUACAAUAAACUUGUAGUGUUCAUACUGCAUAUAGUUUUCAGAAGUCAAUACAGGUACUGCCUUUCAAAAAAGGAUUUCUUGAUGCUUGUGAAGAA